AAAAACACGGAAGUUCCGUUGCAGAGUACGGCAGGUUGUAGUGCCAAUUCUGGUCAUUGUUACACAUUGUGAACAUUGUCUAUUCAUGUAGCAAGGACAUCGCUAUGGUCUAGUAGAGAAAACAUCGAGGCUUGCUGUUCUGUUUUCUACAUGUGAUGAUUAUUCGUUUUGGGAUUAGAAAUGGCUUGCAAUGGACGACUGAAGCUGUCAGACGUAUGGCUGAUACAUAAAGAGCCGAGGCUUUUCGCUACUUCCCAGUGGCCUCUACACCCGUUCAUCUUUUUAGCCUACCGUAUAUUCUUAGCACUUUACCUUCUAGUGUGGUUGCUCCUUCACAUAUCAAGGACUAGCCCCUUUGGUGGGUUCUUCGUCUUUCUGACCAACUGGACCUUCACCGUGCUAACAAUAUACGCCGUGUCGUCUUGCAUUGGUGCAGUCUACUUCACUCUUCGCACAAGGAAUCAUCGUGACGUAUUCGACGCCCCAGAUGAGAACGAAUCCCAGCAACUUCUACCCAACAACAGCCAAACCACCGAAGAUGAGCCCUCCUCCACCGACGAAUCUACUACCGACUAUAUCGGCGCUAUGCCACCCCUUCAAGACCCAAGGCCCGCCGCUCCAAGUUUCCCUCACUACUUCAAAUUCUCUUGGCUCUUAUUUAACAUCUGUCUUGCCGUCAAUCCAAUAGUGACUGUGAUAUUUUGGGUGUUCCUCGCCGAUCCAAUAUCAAACCCCUUGAGUAGUGCAAUCAAUGUCCACCUCCACGCCUUAAACACAGUCUUUAUCUACUUGGAUCUGUUCAUAUCUGCCACACCCGUUCGGUUCAUCCAUUUCGUCUAUGCUAUUCUAUACGGCCUCAUGUACACCACAUUCACGUUAAUCUACUAUUGGGCUGGAGGUCUUAAUCCUAUAAGCGGAGAGACUGGUAUUUAUCCGCAUAUUUUGGAUUGGGCUAAUCCUGGAUUUACUAUGUUGUCUAUUUUCGCGGUUAUCAUCAUCGUUCCGUUGACUCACUUAGCUGGAUGGGGAUGUUUUAGAAUCCGGGGUUUGAGUUAUGUGCGUUUCUUUGCUGCACCACGGAACCAGUUGAACUAACACAAUUAAUAUUAGUUGUGCCUUAGCAGACCUUUAUCAUGGUGCGGACAUCUUUUAUUUCUCCCUUUUAAAUCAAUGUAACAAUGCAAACUGAGGCUGGAAAAAAAAGUAGUCUGGUUCUUUUUUUGUACAAUGAAUAUUAGCAUCCAUUUACUGUUAUCGGAUACAAGAAACAUGACCGACAUAACGGCAGCGUGAUAGUUCUAAAGCAAAAUAUGUCUAGGCUCUAAGUAAUGCAGGCCUCUUGCAAUAAGCGCAAAAUGAGCAGGGCACCAGUCGCAACAAUUUAUAAAACUUUUGAAUUUUGCUGGACGCUGGAAACUUUGUCUCAUUGAACAUAAUACAAUAAUUGCUGUGCAAUUUUUUUGUUUUAUCUAAUUUGUUACUGGCACUUGCCAGUUUGCCCUUUUAAUGUAUAAAAAAUAAAUUGUAAUUCUUAAUGUUUGUUUGUAAUUUUUAAACAUUUCGAUUUUUUAUGAAUC